UUUCUUUCUAAAUUCUCUCACUCAUGAUCAUGAAUUAAGCCCAACAAAAAAAAAACACAAUUAGAGUCACUCACUCACUUAAUUUCGCGAGAUGGAGAAAUUCUCGUACAACUCUUAUCCAGAUUCGACCGACUCUUCGCCGAGAUCUCGCGAAAUCGAUUUCGACAACCCGCCGCCAUGGGAUGAUCAGAACCACCACCAGCAGCAGCCACAGAGCUACAAGGUGAAGUUCAUGUGCAGCUAUGGCGGCAAGAUUCAACCCCGGCCUCACGAUAACCAGCUUACCUACGUAAACGGCGAGACGAAGAUUCUCUCUGUCGAUCGCGGGAUUAGAUUCCCAGUCUUAGCUUCGAAGCUCUCCGCCGUGUGCGGCGAUGGUGCCGGAGACGUUUUGUUUAAGUACCAGCUCCCAGGCGAAGACCUAGACGCUUUGAUCUCCGUUACCAACGAUGACGACUUGGAGCACAUGAUGCACGAGUACGAUCGCUUACUUCGUAUGUCCUCUAAGCCCGCGAGGAUGCGUCUGUUCCUCUUUCCGGCUUCUUCUUCCGCUUCCGCCGGAUUUGGUUCAGAAGGUUCGACUCAAUCGGAUCGAGAUCGUUUCGUCGAGGCGCUGAAUACGGUUCGCACCCGACCCGAAUCCGAGAAAUCCGUAACAGCUCCUCCGAAUACUGCGGAUUUCCUGUUUGGAUCGGAGAAAGUUGCAGCUCCGCCACCGCCGCAAGGCCCGCAACCGCCGCUUGAAGUGAAAUUACCUGUACCGGCGGUGCUCGAACCUCCUUUAUUCAACGAUCCGCGGCGGGUGGUACAACCGGAUCACGGCGGCGUAAACCCGGCGGAAAUUCAAAGACAACAGAUGCAGGAAUUUCAGAGGAUGCAAAUUAGGGAUCAGGAACAGCAACAUCAAUUACUUCAACAACAGGAAGCUAUAUACCGGAGGAAGAGUGAAGACGGUUUAGUGGAAUCAGGAGGAGGUUACUUUUCUCCGCCGUACGCCCAAAAUCAGCCGACGAUUCCUCAAACCAAUCCACAAGCUCCUCCGAUGAGCUUCUGGCAAGGAAACCACAACAAUAACAACCAAGCAGGCGUAUUUCCAACAGCCGCACCGGGAUUAGGCUUACCGGAGCAACCAGUAUACAUGAUUCCAUCUCCAUCUCCAACUCCACAUCCCGGAGCUGUAUACCACGCGCCACCGCCACCACCGCAAGGCGUCAUGAGACCAACAGCGGCCGCACAAGGCGGCUACUAUCCUCCGGCACAGCGAAUGGCUUCAGAUACUUACAGGGAACAACAAGCAGCAUACAACGUGGCUCAGCCGCCGAUAGGAACAAAGGUACAACAACCAACUCCACCUUUUACCUCCGGUCCUCCUCCACCGCAAUACUCCGCCGUUCCACCGCCGCGACAAGUCGUCGGUUUACCCGAUACAACAGCGUAUGCUCAGGUGACUUACGCCGGAGGAAUGGGGAAACAAGUGUACUAUACGGAGGCACCACCUCCACAGUACCAUGGAAUUGGCGUACCUGUGACUAAUAUGAACGAUUUGAGAACCGGACCGGACGGAAAGCUUGUUGCUAUGAACAUGGCACCCAAAGUUUCAUCACAGAAUUCAGAUUCGGCGGUGUGAUGUUGUAAUCAUUAUGGUUAAAUCAGAUGAUUGUUUAUAUCAUUCAUCAUCAUCAUCAUAUAUAUAUAUAUAUAGUGUAACUGUGAUUACUUUGGUGUCUGAUAAAUAAUGUUUGUUUCUUUCUUCAUUUUAUAAUCUUAUGAAUGAUGUUCUUGAUUCUGCAAUUUCUAUAAAUAAUGUGAACCCGGUCUUUGCUUG